AUGAGCAAAGCCACCUGUUCAACAAGUGGGUGUUUGGAUAUUCUGAAUGUUAAAUCAAGUCGUAUCUUGGAUAUCCCGUGUAAAGUGUGUGGGGACCGGAGCUCUGGGAAACACUAUGGCGUGUAUGCGUGUGACGGCUGCUCUGGCUUCUUCAAGAGGAGCAUCCGCAGAAACAGAACAUACGUCUGUAAAUCAGGCUGUCAGGGAGGAUGCCCCGUGGACAAAACGCACAGAAACCAAUGCCGAGCGUGCCGCUUGAAAAAGUGUCUCGAAGUGAACAUGAAUAAAGAUGCCGUUCAGCACGAGAGGGGUCCCAGGACGUCCACCAUACGCAAGCAGGUUGCCCUAUAUUUCCGGGGGAACAAAGAGGUGAACGGUUCAUCGACCCACUUCCCGGGCUCGAGCCUACCGGGGCCGCCUUUGUUCACUACGGUCACACAACUGGAGCCACAUAACUUGGAGAUGAGCACAGUAGCCUGCACGCCGGAGAGGCAGGCCAUCGUGGGACUGGCCCAGCCCACCCCGAAGUACCCUCACGAGGUCGGCGGCACGCCCAUGUAUCUCUAUGAGGUUGCUACUGAGUCAGUGUGUGAGUCAGCCGCGCGCCUGCUGUUCAUGAGCAUCAAGUGGGCCAAGAGCGUGCCCGCCUUCUCCACGCUCCCCUUACCUGACCAGCUGAUCCUCCUGGAGGAAGCCUGGAGAGAACUGUUUGUUCUGGGCAUAGCGCAGUGGGCCAUUCCGGUGGACUCCAACACCCUGCUCGCUGUUUCCGGUAUGAAUGCAGACAACACAGAGUCCCAGCGGAUGAAUAAAAUAAUCUCCGAAAUACAAACCCUGCAAGAGGUCGUUACCUGGUUCAGACAGCUGCGCCUGGACGCAACUGAGUUCGCCUGUUUGAAGUGCAUCGUCACGUUUAAAGCUGUGCCAACGCUUGACGGAUCGGAGUUGAGGAGUUUCCGCAACGCCAGUGCCAUUGCUGCACUCCAGGAUGAGGCACAGCUCACCCUAAACAGUUACAUACACACCAGAUAUCCAACUCAGCCCUGCCGCUUUGGGAAGCUGCUCCUACUUCUACCAGCUCUGUGGUCAGUCAGCCCAUCCACCAUAGAGGAAGUAUUUUUCAAGAAGACCAUCGGGAACGUGCCCAUCACAAGGCUCCUUUCUGACAUGUACAAAUCAAGCGAUAUAUGACUUUAUUUCCGCCAUAUCAACAUUACGCUCACUAGCCAAGAGUGUCUGUUAAGGCUCAUAGACACAAACAUUCUAAU